CGCACCGGCCUCCCGGAGAGCGAGCCCCGGCCGCCGCGACCUCCAGCCGCGCUAACCGCCGACCAACCGCCAGCGAGGCGCCCGAGGGAGAGCGGAGGAGGCGGCAUGAGCGAGGCGGGCGAGGCCACCACCACCACUACCACCCUCCCGCAGGCUCCGGCGGAGGCGGCCGCCGCGGCCCCCCAGGACCCCGCGCCCAAGAGCCCGGCGGGCGGCGGCGGCGGCGGCGCGCCCCAGGCCCCGGCGCCCGCCGCCCUGGUCGCAGGCAACCUCGGCGUGGACGCGGCCCCCGCGGCCCCGGGCACUGCGGCCCCCGCCUCUUCGGCCGCAGCGGGCAGUGAAGACGCGGAGAAGAAAGUUCUCGCCACCAAAGUCCUUGGCACUGUCAAAUGGUUCAACGUCAGAAAUGGAUAUGGAUUUAUAAAUCGAAAUGAUACCAAAGAAGAUGUAUUCGUACAUCAGACUGCCAUCAAGAAGAAUAACCCACGGAAAUAUCUGCGCAGUGUAGGAGAUGGAGAAACUGUGGAGUUUGAUGUGGUUGAAGGAGAGAAGGGUGCAGAAGCAGCCAACGUGACUGGCCCGGACGGCGUUCCUGUGGAAGGGAGCCGAUAUGCUGCAGAUCGGCGCCGCUACAGACGCGGCUACUACGGCAGACGCCGUGGACCGCCCCGUAAUUGCGCUGGGGAGGAGGAGGAAGGGAGCGGCAGCGAAGGAUUUGGCGCCUCCGCCGCUGACGGGCAGCUCGCUGGGGCCCUGAGUCAGCGGCGCCGCCCCCAGUACCGCCCCCAGUACCGCCCCCAGUACCCGCGGCGCUUCCCGCCUUACCACGUGGGACAGACCUCUGACCGCCGCUCCCGGGUCUUUCCCCAACCCAACGGAACGCAGGCGGGUGAGAUUGGAGAGAUGAAGGAUGGAGUCCCAGAGGGAGCACAACUUCAGGGACCAGUUCAUCGAAAUCCGACUUAUCGCGCAAGGUACCGUAGGGGCCCUCCUCGCCCACGACCUGCCCCAGAGGUUGGAGAGGCUGAAGAUAAAGAGAAUCAACAAGCAGCCAAUGGUCCAAACCAGCCACCUGCUCGCCGUGGAUACCGGCGCCCCUAUAACUAUCGGCGUCGCCCCCGUCCUCCUAUUGCUCCUGCACAAGAUGGCAAAGAGACCAAGGCAGGUGAAGCACCAUCUGAGAACCCUGCUCCAGCCCCCGAGCAGAGCAGUGUCGAGUAA